AUGCCGAAUGCAUGGAACACUGGAUCCGGGAUCACCUCGCUGCAUUCGUCCUGCCGAGCUUGUGAGUACACUUCAAAUCGCCUUGCCUCUAACCUCUUCUUCAUCUGGCCCUUCGUCCUUCCACGUCGCUUCUCAUUUGUUGCCACCAUCAUUGGUAUGUCGAGCAAGUUUGCUUCCCCACCAUCCAGCUUGCUCGUUUCUUGUAGGAGCUUUAAAGCAUACACUAAAACUCUAAACGGGAUAAUACUAAUUAAAAGUUUUUUUCUACCAAUCCAUAUUGUUUACGUCAUUCACGACCCGAGUGAAUACUGGGUUACAGUGGUUUGCUCCGUAAAUUAA